UUCUGAUAACAGUUUCAUUUUGAUGUGCUUCGAACUCGCGUCGGUUCCCGCAAUCUUCUGCAAAAUAGAAGGAUAUUUACUCUAGUGAAACUAUUUUAAAGUAAUAGUGGGUGAUUGCAAAACACUGUGGAUAUUUUAUUUACAUAGUAAACGAUCCUAUCCUCCAGGAUCGUGGUGGAGUGAGUGAGGGUGAGAGUUAAAAGAAAGUUCUCACAAUGACUGAAAUAGAAUCACUAGUGAACAAUGUCCGGUGGGACCCUGGAGUAGUAGAUGAUGAUUUUGAUGCUGGCAAUAAUUCAUCAAAACUAUUUGAGAGAUCCAGGAUUAAGGCUCUUGCUGAUGAGCGUGAGCUUGUUCAGAAGAAAACCUUCCAAAAAUGGGUCAACUCACAUUUGAUUCGAGUCAACCACAAAAUUGCAGACUUGUAUGUGGAUCUUCGAGAUGGCAAAAUGCUCAUCAAGCUUCUAGAGGUUUUGUCUGGAGAGAGACUGCCACGUCCUACAAAAGGCAAAAUGAGGAUCCAUUGUCUAGAGAAUGUGGAUAAGGCUCUGACUUUUCUCCAUGAACAAAGGGUCCACCUUGAAAACAUGGGUGCUCAUGACAUAGUUGAUGGCAGCUCUAGACUGACAUUGGGCUUGAUCUGGACCAUUAUCUUAAGAUUCCAAAUACAAGACAUUACCAUUGAAGAGUUUGACAACAAUGAGACCAAAUCAGCAAAGGAUGCAUUGCUCUUGUGGUGUCAGAUGAAGACUGCGGGAUACCCCAACGUCAAUGUUCGAAACUUCACCACCAGCUGGAGAGAUGGACUCGCAUUUAAUGCCCUCAUUCACAAGCACAGACCCGACCUUAUUCAUUAUGACAAGCUUCAGAAAUCCAAUGCCAUGCAUAACCUCAACAAUGCUUUCACCGUGGCAGAAGAAAAACUGGGGCUCACCAGUCUACUUGAUCCUGAAGAUGUGAAUGUUGAAUUUCCUGAUGAGAAAUCCAUCAUCACAUAUGUGGUCACAUACUACCAUUACUUUUCCAAGAUGAAGGCUGAUUCAGUUCAAGGAAAACGUAUUGGAAAAGUCAUUGACAAUGCUGUUAACACAGAAAAUAUGAUUGAACAGUAUGAAAACAUGACAUCUGACCUCUUAGAGUGGAUUGAGCAGACUAUUGUCAUUCUGAAUGACCGCCAAUUUGCAAACUCACUGACUGGAGUUCAACAGCAGCUUGCAGCAUUUAGCACAUACCGCAUUGUUGAGAAACCACCUAAAUUUGAUGAGAAAGGCAAUCUUGAAAUCCUCCUGUUCACAAUCCAGAGCAAGAUGCGUGCCAACAACCAGAGGCCAUAUUUGCCAAAAGAAGGAAAACUGCUUUCAGAUAUCAACAAAGCCUGGGAGAGACUGGACAAAGCUGAACAUGAAAGAGAACUCUCUCUCAGAGAGGAGCUCAUAAGACAAGAAAAACUUGAACAACUUGCUGCCAGAUUUGGACGCAAGGCUGGUAUGCGUGAAGAAUGGCUGAGUGAAAACCAGCGCCUUGUGGCCCAGGACAACUUUGGAAAUGACCUGGCUGCUGUAGAGGCUGCCACCAAGAAACAUGAAGCUAUUGAGACAGACAUCAAUGCUUAUGAAGAAAGAGUUUCUGCUGUUGUGGCUGUAGCUAAUGAGCUGGAACAAGAAAACUAUCAUGACAUCGAUCGCAUCAAUGCCAGGAAGGAUAAUGUCUUGCGUCUUUGGAACUAUCUACUUGAACUACUACAAGCCAGACGUAUGCGUCUGGAGCUGACACUGAGCCUUUACAAGGUCUUCAAGGAAAUGCUAUACAUACUGGACUGGAUGGAAGAAAUCAAGCUUCGACUGAUGUCAGAAGACUAUGGCAAACAUCUGAUGGGUGUGGAAGAUCUGCUACAAAAACACAGCCUCCUUGAGGCGGAUGUCAAUGUAGUUGGUGAACGUGUUUCCACUGUUAACUCUCAAGCUCAGAAGUUUAUUACAGAUGACUUUUCGGAAAUUGGAGGUUACAGACCAUGCAACCCAGAAAUGAUUCAGGAAAGAAUGAACAUGUUGGACAGUGCCUACAAUGAGCUGCACCAACUUGCUGCUGAUCGUCGUCGCCGUCUGGAGGAAUCAAGAAAACUGUGGCAGUUUUAUUGGGAUAUGGCUGAUGAGGAAGGAUGGAUCAGAGAAAAGGAGCAGCUUAUGUCAUCACCUGACCUUGGCCAUGAUCUGACAAGUGUCAACCUCUUGCUUAGCAAACACAAGGCCAUGGAGGAUGAGAUGAAACAUCGUCAUACUCAUCUGCAAGAAGUGCAAGCUGCCAGCAAUGAACUCAUUGAAGCUGGUAAUUUUGGUGCUGACCAAAUUGAACAAAGAAACAAUGAAAUUUCGUCACAGUGGGAAAGCCUUAUAGAGUUGGCCACAUACAGAAAGAAGAGAUUGAACGAGGCUGUAGAUUUUUACCAGUUUUUCGCUGAUGCUGAUGAUGUGGACACGUGGCUUAUGGACACACUCCGUAUUGUAUCCAGCGAAGAUGUUGGCAAAGAUGAAGCCAGUGUGCAGUCAUUGCUUAAAAAACACAAGGAAGUAACAGAAGAGCUCAAGACCUAUCAAAGUGUUAUUAAAGGUCUUCAUAAUCAAGCUGCCAAUCUUGGAGAGCAGGAUCGUGAGUCUCCUGAUGUUCAAAGUCGUCUCAGUUCGAUUGAUAGAAGAUAUCAAGAUCUAUUGGAAUUCUCAAAACUGCGCAAGCAGAGACUCAUUGAUGCACUUUCGCUUUACAAACUUUUCAAUGAGUCUGAUGGUGUGGAGACAUGGAUUGAUGAAAAGGAGAAAUUCUUGACUACCAUCAUUGUUACUGAUGAUGUUGAAGAGCUGGCCAUCAUGAAACACCGUUUCGACAGUUUCGAGCAUGAGAUGAAUGCCACAGCAUCUAAGGUGGCUGUCGUGAACCAGCUGGCUCGUCAGCUCAUGCAGGCUGAACAUCCAAAUGCAGAGGAAGUUGUACAACGCCAGAAUCAACUAAAUGCAACUUGGAAUAACCUUCGUGAAAUGGUUGACCAGAAAAGAGAUGACAUCCAUGUUGCCCAUGAUUUCCAGAACUUUAACAUUGAGUGCAAUGAAACAAUUAGCUGGAUCCAUGAAAAGGCUAAGUUGAUAGAAUCUACAGAUGAAUUGGGCAAUGACCUUAGUGGUGUGAUGACUCUGCAGCGUAGACUGAGCACCAUGGAAAGGGAUCUAGCUGCCAUUCAAGCCAAGCUUGAGUCACUUCAAAAUGAGGCAGAAAAGCUUGAGGAACAAAAACCAGAGGAGGCUCAGGCUAUUAAAGAAAAGAUUACAGAGAUUACUCAUGUCUGGAAUGACCUUAAGGACAUGCUUAAAGAACGUGAUGAGAAACUUGGAGAAGCUGGAGAGUUACAGCGCUUCUUGGGCAGUCUGGAUCAUUUCCAGUCUUGGCUGUCUCGCACACAGAUGACUGUCGCUUCUGAGGACAUUCCCAAUUCUCUGGCAGAUGCUGAGAAACUGCUAAAUCAACAUCAACAACUGCGUGAUGAGAUUGACACUUAUGCUCCUGAAUAUGCCAAGAUCAAGGACUUUGGAGACAAAGUUACAGAAGGAGAAGAAGAUCCACAGUACAUGUUUCUUAGACAGAGACUUCAAGCUUUGGACGAUGGUUGGCAUGAGCUUUUGCAGAUGUGGGAGAACAGACAACAGCUGCUUUCACAAUCAUUGAAUCUACAGAUGUUCUUGCGUGAUGCCAAACAAGCUGAAGUGUUACUCAACCAACAGGAUAACUUUUUGUCUAAAGAGGAUGUGCCUGGAAUAAAUCGAAUGUUGCUUGGUCAUAUACAAGCUCUUAGUCCACUGUCAGUUCAUUCUUCUGACACUGUGUGGACAAAAACCUCAGUGCAAGCUGCUGAGAACCUGAUCAAAAGACAUGAAGCCUUCAUUACAACAAUGGAUGCUAAUGAUGAGAAGAUCAAUGCUGUAUUACAGUUUGCCAACAGACUUAUUGAUGAGAACCAUUAUGAUCGUGAAAAAAUUCAUAAAAAGGCUGAAGCCAUUAAUGAAAGGAGGGACCAAAACCGUCAAAGAGCUGAUGAACAGUUGGAGAGGCUCAAAGAUCAACUCAAUCUCCAGCAGUUCCUACAAGAAUGUGAUGAGCUUAGAGAUUGGUUGCAAGAUAAAAUGGCUGCAGCUCAAGAUGAAACCUACAGAGAUGCUAAGAAUCUUCAUAGCAAGUACGUGAGACAUCAAGCGUUUGAAUCAGAAAUAGCUGCCAACAAAGACAGAUUGAACAGAGUUAUUGAGGAAGGAGAAUCAAUCAUGCAAUCUAAGCCAGAGACCCGUGCCCAGAUUCAGAUUAUGAUUGAAGAUCUUUCACAUCAGUGGGAAGAUUUAGAAGUAACCACAAAACAGAAAGGUGAACGUCUGUUUGAUGCCAAUCGCUCCACUCUAUACCAACAAAGCUGCGAUGAUGUGGAUGGAUGGGUCACUGCUCUUGAGUCACAGAUUGUCACAUCUGAGGACUUCGGCAAAGAUUUAACCACUGUCAACCUUCUAGUCCAAAAACAACAUCAAUUGGAAAAUCAAAUGAAAAUGAAAGAGCUGCAAAUUCAAGAACUGGAAUCUCAGGGUGAACAUUUGAGAAGGCUUGAACCAGACAAAGAAGAAGAAAUAGAAGCUAGAAGAGCUCUUGUGGCUGAAAGGUUCUCCAAGAUCCAAGGUCCUCUAAUGAUGCGUCGCUCUAACCUGGAGAAAGUUAAACGUAUUCACCAGUUUAUGAGAGAUGUGGAAGAUGAGAAACUGUGGAUUCAAGAGAUGAUGCCAAGAGCUGCUAACCAAGAUUAUGGAAACAGUUUACUUUCUGUCCAGCUCCUAAUUAAAAAGAACCAUUCACUGCAAGUUGAAAUAGACAAUCAUGAACCACGCAUUAUGUCUGUGGUACAAGUUGGUCAAGAACUCAUUGAAUCAGGGCAUUCACAAUCUGAGGAGUUCAGAGCAUUGAUUGAAGACCUUCUCAAACGUUGGCAGGAACUCAAGGAUGCUGUAGAUGCAAGAAACCAGAGACUGAAGUUGUCUGAAAUAGCCCAACAGUACUACUUUGAUGCGUCUGAAGCCGAGGCUUGGAUGAGUGAACAAGAACUGUACAUGAUGGGCGAAGAAAGAGCCAAAGAUGAAAUUGGAGCUCAGAAUAUGAUGAAGAAACACCAGACUCUGGAAAACAAUGUAGAGGAUUAUGCUGAAGUGGUCAGGCAGCUUGGAGAGAGAAGCAGAGAAUUGAUGGAGGAGGAGCAUCCUGAAAGUGAUCAGAUAGCAGUUAGGCAGUCACAGGUAGACAAGCUGUAUGCUGGUUUGAAAGACUUGGCUGGUGAAAGAAGAGGAAAAUUGGAAGAAGUCUUCAAACUGUACACACUACACAGAGAAAUUGAUGAUCUGCUUGAAUGGAUUGCAGAUAAAUCUGUUGUGGCAGGUUCAAAUGAGCCAGGACAGGACUAUGAGCAUGUUUCAAUGCUCAAAGAACGUUUCAAGGAAUUUGCACGUGAUACAGAAAAUAUAGGCCAAGAGCGUGUGGCAUCAGCCAAUGAAAUCUGUGAUGCAUUAAUAGCAUCUGAACAUUCUGAUGCAGCUACAAUAGCUGAAUGGAAGGACAAUGUUAAUGAUGCAUGGGCUGAUCUGCUGGAGUUAAUUGACACUCGAACUGAGCUUCUACAAACAUCUUGGGAGCUUCAUAAAUUUUUCUAUGACUGCAAAGAUACACUCGAGAGGAUUGCUGAAAAGCAAAACUACAUCCCUGAAGAGUUGGGUCGUGAUGCUCAGAGUGUAGCAGCCCUACAGAGAAAGCAUGCCAACUUUGAGCAUGAUUUAGUCACCUUAGGAACACAGGUUGAAGCUAUACAAACAGAAUCUGUCAGAUUACAAGCAGGGUAUGCUGGAGACAAUGCCCAGACCAUCAUUGACAGGGAAAGAGAGGUCCUUGAUGCCUGGAGGAACUUACACAUACUUGUAGAAAGGAGAAGGCUGACAUUAGCUGAUGCCUCAGACUACUACAGGUUUAUGCUCAUGGCCAAAGAUUUGUUGUUAUGGAUUGAUGACAUCAGUAGACAGAUGAACACACAAGAAAAACCCCGUGAUGUCUCUGGUGUUGAGCUUUUGAUGAACAACCACCAGAGUCUUAAGGCAGAGAUAGAUGCCAGGGAGGAGAACUUUGCUAUUUGUAUAAACUUGGGUAGAGACUUGUUGAAUAGGCAACACUACAAGCAAGAACAGGUACGAGAAAAAUUGAUUCAGCUUACAUUACAAAGAUUAGAUAUGACUGACCUGUGGAAAGAACGAUGGGAACACUUGCAGCUUAUUUUGGAAGUCUACCAAUUUGCUAGAGAUGCAGCAGUUGCAGAAGCUUGGCUUAUUGCACAGGAGCCAUACUUAUCUAAUCAAGACUUGGGUGACACUCUGGACGCUGUAGAAAACUUGUUGAAGAAACAUGAAGCUUUUGAAAAAUCUGCUGCCACACAAGAAGAGAGAUUUGCUGCAUUAGAGAAACCAACCACAUUUGAGAUAAAAGAUAGGGAAAAGAGAGAAGCAGAAGAAUAUGGCAGAAGUCAUCCUGAUGAAGUAGCACGAAGAAAAGAGGAAAGAAGGCGACAUUAUAUACAAGAGUUCCUACCCCCUCCACCACCACCCAAACCAGAACCAGUUAUUGAACCAGAGGUACCAGUACAAGCUGUUUCAGUCAGUCACACAGCACCAGACACAGCAGAAGAAACAUCUGGUCAGCCAAUGAGUGCAGAAGAGCAAGCAGAGGUUGAACAAGAGCGCAGGGCUCGGCAAGAUCAGUUUGUGGCAAAGGAUGUUGGUGGUGGGGGUGAUGAUUCAGCCCACCACCGCACCCACGCUCGCAUGGAUGCUGAGUCUCCUAGGGAAAGUGAGCGCAGGCCACAUGCAGAGGGCCCAGCACCUAAGAAGACUCCUAGAGGAAGCAAAAAGAAGGACAAGGAAAGAGAAACACUUAGCCCAGAAAUAAAAGAAGAGGAAGAGAAAGAGAAGAAGCGCACACCCCGCUCUAAAUCUCCCUUUGCUAAAUUGUUUGGCAGUAAGAGAGAAUCGAAAAGCAGCACAUCUCCAAGAACUUCACCUGAUACUGAAUUACCAAGAUCCAGAACUUUUGAGGCUUCUGCAGCAUCAGAAUACAUUCACGAGGAAGGUCAUCUUACAAGGAAACAUGAGCUAGAUUCAGGAGAAAAGAAAGCCAGUAACAGGUCAUGGGAUAAAUUGUAUGUUGUACUCUCUGGGUCAACAUUGUCUUGCUACAAAGAUCAAAAGCAUGCAAAAACAGAUCCCAACAAUAGAGUCCAUCAUGAGAAUGUGAUAGAUCUGGUUGGUGCUUCAUGCCAAGUAGCAACAGACUAUGUUAAGAGGCCAUAUGUGUUACGGCUGAAGCUUGCAGAUGGUGCUGAGUAUCUUUUCCAAGCUAAAGAUGAGUCUGAAAGAGAUGUAUGGAUUGGCCGCAUCAGUUCUGCAAGCGGGAAAGGAGGAGCAGCUGCCAGUUUACCCACCAGGUCGCAGACACUUCCAGCUACCCGCUCAGAGAAAGAAGAGCCCAAAAAACGAGGUUUCUUCACACUCAAGAAAAAGUAGUUUUCAAAACAUGACUAGGCUUUACUCUAGAAUAACAUUAAUAAAUCUGAUUACAACUCCAGUAAUAAUGGUUACAUUUGUAAGCGCUACUUUCCUUCUACAUUUUUUAAAUAUUACACCUUUUUUUAGAUGUAAUCAUUAUCAUCCUCAUGAGAGAAAGAGAUGUGUAUCUUAACUAAUGUAUUUUAGAAGAAUCUCAUGAAGCUCCAUAGUUAUUGCCUCUGCUUAGCACCACUGUCAUCCUUCAUUUUUUUAUAUCUUGUAUGGAAGAUAAUGAUGCGAUGCUGUACAAAUAUUCUUUUAAGCAUGUCUGGGCGAACUGGAUUGAUCAGGCAAACUUUUUCGAUUCUGGAUUUAUUGUGUUUAUUAGUUUGGUUAAUAAAUACAAUGGAAUCCUUGUGGUAACUGUAAUUAGUCAGUGCAUUCAAAUCAGUUGUACAUUGAGAGUACAUGGUCCUGUAAAAGGAAAUAUUUUGUAUUAUAUACAUUUCAAUCUAAGCACUGGGAGAGUAGUAGUGUAGCAACUUUUCCAAGUGUGCUAGCCCUUGAAACUGUGAUGAACUGUUUAGGUUAUAACCUGAAAUACAGAUUCUUCAUUUAAGGUAAAAUAUUUGCCUAUAUGGCACAAGUGAAAGUAGUGGCAAACACCACUGCAAAAUGAUUUUUUUUAAUACUAGGUUUUUAUUUUAUUUUUUUAAAAUGAUAAAUGUAAUUAUACAGAUUCAAGUAAAAUAUAUGUGAGGUUGGGUUUUUAUGAAUGUAUUUUAAAGAAUCUUAGUUUUCAACCAGUGAACAGUACUCUUGGGACUUUGACCAGUAAUAGCUGUGUCAUGUCUCCAUUUUACACUUGUUUUAUAGGGGCUGUGUAUUGUUAAAUCAUUUCCAUGAAAACAGUGUUGUGGUUUAGUAAAUGUCUCACUGCUUUUAGAAUGUUUUUCAUUCAUUUAAUCAUGUGCUUGUACUUUGUGAUUUUCUUGCCAGAUAGACAGUAGCCUGCAUGCUUAUCUUUUUAAGUAGACAUUUCCUUCUUUAUUUACCUUAAAGAAUAAUUGUAAAUUGCAGUAAAAUAGGAAAGAAAAAUUAAACAUUCCUUUAGACUUUUUCAAAAGAUAAUAACUAAAUAUCCUUAUUAUCUUUCAAAACGCUUCUAGUUCCUUGCUUUCGACAACAAAAAAUGCAAUAAAGGAACACAGUGUUAACAAGAUUAAAAGAUAAUUAAUAUAAGGUUGCUUAUUUUCUGUGAUGUAAUAUUUCGAGGACCAAUCAUGUACAUCAUUCUUGCAUCACUAGUUCCAUCUGUAGAUUUGUUUGAAGAUCAGACAUGAUGAAACAGGUGACUGUUUCAGGGAAACCUUACAUUAAUCUAUCAAGAAGAGAAGCCAAACUUGAGAAAAAACACUUCCCUUUUUUCUUAAACAGUAAUAGGCCUCACUCAGUUACAUGAAAUAUUACAGUCAGUUAGUUAUUCAGUACAGGCUUUGUGAAGUUAUUGUGAAUUAGUUUUUUUUCUUAAGUUUACUACAAUAAAGGGUGGUGACUACUGAGACAAAAUUUAAUCUUGAGGCUGAUAGGAAACAAAGUAUUUAUGUCCAUUUAUUUUCAUUAUUUGAAUGGAAGAAUCAUAACGAGUGAUAGAUUAAAAUGAUGAAAAUGAUAAGAUUUUUUAAUAAACGUUUCUAGAUGCACCCAGUGGCAUACAAGUUUCACUAAUAAGACAGCAUAUGUAUAUUUCAAAUGUAAAAUUUAUAUUCUCUGUAAUAGAUGUUUUACCUGUAACGUACAUAGUUCACUCUUGAUGUUAUGUGUAGAAUUUACAUUUUAUUACCUCCCAUUGUUUAGUUUUUAUAAUGCUAUGCUUACGUAUUUAGUUUGUCUAUCCUACUUUAAGUUUUUUAAAUAAUAAAAGUGCUCUCUCUAUAUUAUGUAAUUGUUACUGUCCUUAGUGAUAUUCAAUUUAUUUAGUUACUAGAAAAAUAUUUUCUUUUGUAACUGACAGAAGAAAUGAACUGAGCUAUAAUAUGCCUGCAUGCUAUAGUUGUUAAUGUGUUUUGAAAUAAGGGUGUUUUUAAUGAAUGUGUCAUCAAUCUAUUCCGAUACAUUCUAAUUAGCUAAGAUUAAACAAAACAGACAUAUUUUCCCAGUAGGAUAUGCUGUUUAGUUUAUUUGUUGUAGCAGAAUGCCAACAUUUGUAUAUAAUCCCAUGUUGCUUUUUGUAUGUAUGUGGCUUUUAAAAACAAACAUUUUAAAAUUAUCUGGAACCAUCCUGAACAUUGUGUUCUUGUCACCUUCACACAUAAGUAUUCCUUUUAGUUUUUAUUUUUAAAUAAACUUUGUUAGUUUGAACUCUUAGACUCAAGCCUUAUUUGUCCUUAUCCAGUGCAUCAACACAAUGCACUGGAUAGUUCACCUUGUUUUAAUCUAAUGAUUUCAUGUAUAAGAAUAUGUGCUGUUAUUUAUUUUUAAACAAUCAUCACAGUUUGGUUAAGAAUAAAAAUGAAUUAGCCACAGCUAAGAUUAGGUGUGCUUAUGUUUCAUUUCUAUAAGGGGAGAGUGGUCAGAUACGCCAUACCUUUUUUUUAUUCAAUGAGUUGUGUUUUUUAUUUUUUAAAAACUUAAAAAAGACUAUUUAUUGUUAAAGUUCAGUGGCUUACUAAGGGUGUUUUUUUUUUAAAAAGUGAUACAUGUGCAGUUUAUUUAUAUACGAGUCAAUGUGAAAUCUUAACCAAGGGGUUGUCUGUCUAAAGACAGCUGUCCCUUCUGCGACAGAAUUCAAGAAAUACAGCUGUCUUCUCUCUUUUUUUUUUCUUCUAAAAAUAAUCCAGAAUUUUGAAAUGAUGCAACACAGUUACUGUACUCAUUGUCCAAGGCAUUCUUUAAUCUUUCUUAUUGUACUUUUUUUUUUCAAAGAGAUGUUCCACUGGAUAUCAGAGAGUUUGUAACUGUAGUGGCUGGUCUAAUGAUUUGUGUUGUAGCACAAGCUGAUCUAUCUCCCCUUCUUUCGUCUCCCAGUCUAUUUAUAUUGGGUGCACACAGGUUUUGUAUUUGCUUAAAUAAAAUGAAUAAAGUGAUAGUUGCUGUG